AUGGUGUCUAACAACUUAACUACGUUGGAGAUCGGCAGCUGGAUGGUAUGUGUCCGACUCUCAGUUGCACAAGAACUGAGAGGGUGGCAUGCGCCGCCAGGGGUUUACUACGUAUAUAGUCAUUCACAGAAUCACCUGGCAGAGAGCCAGGAGAUGCAGCGCCAGCGGAGCGGGAUCAAGUGCAAGAUCACCGGCGAAGCGGUGGGAGCAAUCGCCGGAGCACUUUAG